GACGCAGUUUUAUUACAUGUAUGCGUUGUUUUAUAGACUUUUAUUGCUUACUUAAACGUAAAUAAUGAAAAUACCUUGGAUAUUUUAUGGGACAUUGGGAUUUGCCUUUGUUGUGCGGUCAGUGGUGAGCCUGGCAACUUGUCCGGACUCUUGGAUAGCUUUUCACGAGUCGUGUUACUUCUUUGCUCAACACGAAAGUGCAUCCUUCAAUGAAGCAGAGCAUUUUUGUCAAGCCCAUGGCGCUCACCUGAUUACAAUUGACGAUGUUCAUGAAAACAACUUUGUGCUGAGUGUUGUUGAGGACCACAUUGGAGUACUUUGGUGGAUUGGACUUACAGACAGCAUCACCGAGGGCGAGUGGAAAUGGAUACCGAGUGACGAAUCGCCAUCGUUCACCUUCUGGGAUGAAGGUCAACCUGAAGAUCACAGCUCACGUGAUCAGGACUGUGUGGCCCUUCACAACUCGUUCCACUACAAGUGGCAUGAUGACGUGUGUACCAUGAAACAUCCUCCUAUCUGUGAGAAACCAUCAGGAUCAGAGGUGGUUACGAUCGGAUAGAAAAUGAUGUCCUUAACAAUGUGUUUAAAGAAAGACAUACCUUGCAUCGACUAAAUUUAUCACGAGGCACAGUUUUUGUUCUCUAAAAAUGUAUUUUCAAUGCAAAUAAAAUUAUUCGUAA